GCCUUAUCUUUGAGCUGUCUCUGCUUCCCUCCAACAAAAUCAAAAACCAUUCUCAUAAUUAAUAAUGUCUCUAAUCCACCACUGGUUAUGCCUUAUUCAUCAUCAAUGGCUAACAAACUGGCCUUCACUUCGCUUUCUCCUCGUUUCUUCACUGCCACUAUUCAAAAACCCUUGCUAUGUUUCUCUUCUUCUUCCUCUACCAGGGUUCAAUCCGAUGCAAAGCAGCUUUGUGUUCGACGCAGAUUGUUCUUACUACCUUUCGAGGCUACUGCUGAUCAACAAGAUCAGGUCGAAGAUGAAGUUGUCGAUAGUAAAAUUCUUCCCUACUGCAGUAUAGACAAGAAAGAGAAGAAGUCUUUGGGUGAAAUGGAGCUAGUGUUUCUUCAAGCCCUACAAGCAUUCUAUUACGAGGGAAAAGCUAUCAUGUCGAACGAGGAAUUCGAUAAUCUCAAGGAAGAACUAAUGUGGGAAGGCAGUAGUGUUGUCAUGCUAAGUUUUGAUGAGCAGAAAUUUCUAGAAGCCUCAAUGGCUUAUGUAUCCGGAAAGCCAAUUAUGAGCGACAAAGAGUUCGAUGAGUUAAAGCUUAGGCUAAAGAUGGAAGGAAGUGAGAUCGUGGCUGAGGGUCCUCGAUGCAGUCUCCAAAGUAGAAAGGUUUACAGUGACCUAUCUGUUGACUAUUUGAAGAUGUUCCUCUUAAAUGUCCCGGCGACUGUGGUUGCACUAGGACUGUUUUUCUUCCUAGAUGAUCUCACUGGAUUCGAAAUCACAUAUCUUUUGGAGCUCCCGGAACCGUUCAGUUUCAUUUUCACUUGGUUUGCUGCUGUGCCCUUGAUAGUUUAUUUAGCUACAUCCCUUACGAAAGUGGUCGUGAAAGACUCUCUGAUCCUAAAGGUAAAACCCAUUCUCAUCCCUCUCCAUCAUGAACAACCUCAUAAUGUUCUAUAAACCAUGGAAACUGAGAAUGUAUCCUUCUUCGGCACCAUAUUAUCAAUUUCCAACGGCGGAACCACCAACACUCUUAAAUGUUCGAAUUGUGGAACCACAUUGGAGUACAAUUCGAAAACGAGGUUGAUUACAUUGCCUGAAGGAAGCCAAGCUUGAUUGGAGG